UACUCAAGAAUAUCACUAUAUCUGUCAUUGGAUCAAUUUAUAUGGUCCAUUUAUAAGUGUUAAUUAAACAAAAAAUAUUAUUAAUUAAUAUCAGUGUAGUUUAAAAUCAGUGAUCAACAAAAUUCAUAAUAAUGCAAGCUUUAAAAAAUACAUUACGACCGUUCCUUUCAAGUAAUUUUACUGGAAUACUCGUACAAAGAGCUGGAAUAAAAAUAUUUCCACCACCUGAAAAAGUUAAAGAUGUUGAAUUUCCUGAAAGAAAUAAACUUCGUAUUAUGGAAAAGGUUCCACAAUAUCCACCUUCUUUACGUCCUUUUAAAAUGCAGAAGAGGUUAAGGCUCAUGCGUGGUCCUGAACCUGUACAUAACACUUUAUUACACAAACAGUUUGGAAUUAUUGCAUUAGGAGGUGGAAGAUUAAAAUACGGUCAUUUUGAAAUGAUACGUAUGACUCUUCUACGUAAUUUUGAAUUUGAUGAUAUGUUUGCUAUUUGGCGCGUUGAUCCACCAUGGCAGCCUAUUACUAAAAAGCCUCAAGGUUCACGUAUGGGUGGUGGUAAGGGACCAAUAGAUCAUUAUGUUACUCCAGUUAAACCUGACAGAGUGAUCAUAGAAGUUGGUGGAAAUAUCAAAUUUUUUCAAGUAAAAAAAGUAUUACAGGACAUAGCAAAUAAAUGUCCAUUUAAAGCUAUGGCAAUUAGUCAAGAAAUCUUAGACAAAAGAGCAGAAAUUCAAAGGAGAAACGAGGAAAAUAAUUUAAAUCCUUGGACGUGGAAAUAUAUUAUUCAAAAUAAUAUCGGUGGUUGUCAUAAAUGGAUAUCACCAGUUGACAAAUUAUGGUUCGCUAAAUAUUUGUAAAUAAAUAAUAUAUUUAAUAGUACUUGAACUAAAUGAAUCACUAAAUGAAAAAUAUUCGUUAUUUAAUAAGUUAA